AUGCCAGCAUUACUGCUCCAGAAACCCAGCUCAAAGUCUAAAGCGAAAGAACAUGCCUCACACCUUGAACGUCGACUAAAACUCUGGUCUGAAGGACAGCUUGUCAACUUGCUAUAUGAGGGUAGAUCUAUUCAAAAACAGCUCCACAGAAACCAGCCCCCUCAGCAAAACCAAGACCAAGAAGAUAGAAUGGCAAAAAAGUUUGCCAAGCUAAUGAGUGAGGGCAAAGUGCGUGCAGCGAUGAGGCUUAUCACAAACACAGGCAGCACAGGCUUACUCAAUCUGGAAAAUCCAGCAAGCCCGAAUGACCCUAACAGCACAAAGACAGUUCGAGAUGUACUUGUGGAAAAACACCCACAAAAACAGCCCCCCAAGAUCACCUCUAUCACGGAACAAGACUACACUGUAGAAGACCCACACCCGAUUGUUUUUGAGGAAAUAAAUGGCCCUUUGAUUCGGGACACUGUUCUGAGAAUGGACGGUGCAGCAGAACCCUCGGGCCUUGAUGCUGCUUCGUGGAAACGGCUGUGUACCUCUUUUAAAGGUGCAUCAAACGACCUAUGUGAAGCACUGGCGGCCACAGCCAGAAGAAUCUGUACUACUUUAGUAGACCCAUCCGGUUUGACUGCUUUUGUUGCAUAUCGCCUCAUUGCUCUAGACAAAUGCCCGGGUGUGAGGCCAAUUGGCAUUGGGGAAGUCUCUAAAAGAAUCAUCAACAGAGCCAUAGCAAGAGUGCUAAAUGAGGACAUCCAGCAAGCUGCCGGACCCCUGCAGGUGUGUGCUGGCCAUCGCUCGGGCUGUGAAGCAGCAGUCCAUGCGAUGAGGCAGGUCCUUGAAGACUCAGAAACUGAAGCCAUCCUUAUGGUGGAUGCGACAAAUGCUUUCAACUCCCUCAACAGACAAACUGCCCUCAGAAAUAUUCAUAAACUCUGCCCGCCACUAUCCAAAGUCCUUAUCAAUACCUACAGAGAAGAUAUUAAUUUGUUUAUUGGUGGAGAAACAUUACUAUCACAAGAGGGCACGACCCAAGGAGACCCACUGGCAAUGGAAAUGUACGCCAUAGCCACCAACCCUAUUAUCAAGAAGCUAAGUAAGGAACACACCAAACAAGUAUGGUUUGCAGAUGAUGCCUCAGCAUCUGGUGACCUCCACAGCCUAAGAAAAUGGUGGGAUACUCUUAACAACAUCGGCCCAGACUAUGGAUAUUAUCCAAAUGCAUCCAAAACGUGGCUUGUGGUGAAAAAUGGAUGCCAAAUUAAAGCAAAUGAAAUGUUUGGAAACACGGAAGUCCGUAUAUCUGAGGGAGGCCAGAGAUACCUAGGCUCAGCAAUCGGAAAGCAGUCCUUCCUGGAUACUUACGUCCAACAGAAGGUUGACACCUGGGUAGAAGAACUGAAAAGCCUCUCUUCAAUAGCCACCACCCAACCUCACAGUGCUUUCGCUGCUUUCACACAUGGUUUCGCUAGUAAAUGGACAUAUUUGGCUCGAACCACCCCAGGCAUUGCUAACCUCCUUAAGCCACUAGAAGAAACAAUAAGGACAGUC